UGUGUGUGUGUGUGUGUGUGAUCACAUCCGGCAGUUAUCAGCGUCGCCUUCUUCCUGCUCCGUUCUCCUCUUUAGUCGCCUCCUGUCCUGCAUCGUCGCCAGAACAAGUGAUUGAACUGCAAAGGAAACCACGCGAGAGACAACACUUCCAAGGACACCUGAAAGACAAUUAAAAUCCUAGACCUUCGAAGGACCGAAUUAAGGAUAUCGAAACCUGGUGCGUCGAAAUAGUGGUGAAGUUCCUAAUCCUGCCAUGAGGAACGCCGCAAUCCUACUGGUUUUGGGAGUCCUAGGAGUCCUGCUGUCUGGAGAAGGGGUUGCGAGCCUGCAGUGCUACUCCUGUCACGACUGUGCUGUCCCGGGUCCCUAUGAAAUCACGAAGACAUGCUACACCUCGUGCUACGCCUCCGUCAUUUGCAAGGGGAAUGGCCAGGUCUUCUCGAGUCGCCUGUGCAGUAAGUCCAACGAAGAGCCUGGUUGCCGGCCCUCCCUGUCUUCAGAAAACACUUACAACUGCUUCUGCAACGACGACCGGUGUGAUCCGCUGGAGUUGUUCCCGGAUGUGUGUGACUCAGCCCCCGCCGCCACACUCGUCUCAUUCACCUACCUCACCGCCCUCCUCCUCCUAGCCGCCCUCCUGCCCUCCGUCCUCGCCUGAUCCGCACUCAGUCCCAUGUUCUGAGAUACUAUUACUGUUGUUGUUGUUGUUGUUGUUGUUGUUGUUGUUUUUUUUUUUUUUUU